ACUGUUUAUCUAAAUGUGUCAUAUUGUCUCGUUAGCAACGACCCAAGUAAAUAUUACAAAUUCGAAAUAAAUGCAUCUCCAACCCGAGUUAAGCUAUCAGCAGUUUGAACGGACAGUUUAGUCUACACUCAAACAGUAUACCAGUGUUCUGCACACAGACAUUUUCCUCUAACAUUGCGAGAACACCUGGAGCCUUUGCUCAGUCAACCACUUGACGACGUCAAGGUAUUCAUGUGUCUUGAAUAACCGUCACGUGACGCCACACAGGUAUAUAUGUAAACCGCUUUUGACAUUACAGAACAGUUUGUAAUGUCAACCCCCGUGUCUGUGCGACAAAGAACUGUGAACAUCAGUGAACAGACACACUGGAGGGAAGGAAAACCUCUGCCUGUUUAGAGACAUAGCAAUGAAGACGUUUGGAAUCCUGGUUGCAGUAUCAUUGUUCCAUACAAUAUCGGAGGACUUCUUCCCUCAGCUGUACACGAUAGGCACACAUUAUCAGAUUGGUCACAGUGUGGGAAGGACAUUCCGAAAGGUGAUUCACGAGGUUUAUAAUCAGAGUAAAUCUUUGGCGGAAAUCACUCAGUUCAUACAAACAGAGGCAGGGAAAAGGUAUUACAAUGGGUACUUGGAGACUGUGUCGAAAAUAUUCCCUGAGUACCUGUACGAGUUGACGGGUCUGACGGAUGGAGCAGGGGUCAGUUUCAUUCAGGCUUUUUCUUCCAUGAUCACACCUGAAAUAGCGGCAGUGUUGAAAAUGAAGGGGGCACAGUCCUGCAGCGAUGUUUAUGUUGCGGACCAACAGAUUGCCAUCGGUCACAAUGAAGACUCACCAGAGCCGGCUGUGAAAGGGAGAGUGUUUAUGGUCCAUGCAACUAUAGUGGAUCACAGUGGCAGUGUACUAGAGAAAUUCUCAUCACUUACUAUUCCAGGUCUGCUGUCUGGAAGUGCCUUCAGUUUCAAUGGAGACGGCAAAGUGUUCACCAACAACGCUUUGUUUCCUGUUACUGUUGAAGCAGACAAAAUACCUCGUUACUUCAUGAACAGAGCUGUGUUGGGUGUGACGUCACAGAGGGAUCUUGAAAACCUGCUGGAGGGUUCGGGUGUCGGAGUGGCAUAUGGGUUCAAUUUGAACUAUGCAGAUAUCAGAAGCAGCUUUAAUAUACUUAUAAACUAUGAGGUAUCCCCUAUAUCUGGGGCUGCACGGAAUCUUGUAACCAGGACAACAGUUGCCAGGAAGUCCGUCCGAGGAGUAGACAUUACAGGACAUUUCUUUCACUUCAACCAGUAUGAACGCACAAACAUCACACAGUUGCUAGGGGAUAUUGUCAGCUCAAGACAUAGGAAAGCUCGUGCCCAAACACUUCCUGCCCCUGUCAAUGUCCUGGGCAUCAGACGGAUACUCGGUGAUGUUGGCGACAGCCUGUAUCCGCUUUACCGUACACCGACACACACAGAGGUAGACUACACCGUGAUCACAGGUAAUAGAUGCCACAAUACCAGAUAG